AUGGCUCUUGUUCUACCUCCAUCCGUUGAUCACUUCAACUCCUUGCCUGGUAUCGCGGAGUCCAACGAAUCGUUCCAAACUCAUUGCACGCAGAAGAUGCUCUCGGAUAUUUGCGCCGUCUUUGUCAAGCACAAAGCUCAGCAUAUCUAUGGCCUCGCGCUUGUUCAUCAGCAUUUCGAUCUUGAGACUGACGAGAAGCUGGUCAACAUUGGAAACGUUGCUGUUCCCCUCAAGACUGGCUCUGUUUCCACUACAAUUGCUGCGACUAGAUGGGCGUUUUCUGGAGAAAGUGUAAUCCCUUACGAGUUCUCUACCGAGGCACGUCAGAUUGAUAUGGACCAGCAUCACGAUUUUAUCUACGAACUAGGGAAGCUUAUCCAUUCCUGUGGACUCUCUGAUCAUCUCGGAUUGUGUUCGCUUGACAGUAUCGCCGAUACAACCAAAGGCCCCACUAUGGAGUUUACUAGUGGCCGCGCAAACAUCACAUUGCCAUUUGAUAUUGACCCAGAGAAUGGGCAGAGUGUCGAGGCAGCUUGGCAGGAUCAAUCCCGGGAAUGGUUGGAUUUGCCCAAUGCAAGUCGCGCUGCAAAACAGGUCCAAAUACUGGUCAUCAGUCACAUCACAAAUAUACCAGAGCCUAGUCGGCUCACUGACAUGGUUACCUACCCCAUUUACCAACAACAGCGUGCACGAUCACGCGCAAUAGUGUAUCUAUGUCUAGAUUAG